AUGCCUUUCCUUUUUGACAGUGUUGGAAGAUUGUUUGGUACUCCUCCUUCAGAUGAAGAUUUUGAUGAUUUUUUUUCUAUAAAACUUCACAAAGAUGGAAAUAUGGCAGAUAGUCGCCUUCUAAACUACAUCAGUGAGCGCUCCAUGUACAGUGAUAGAUGGGUAGGUGCCUUAAAGACUACAAGGGUCCCAGUUCACAUGAUCUAUGGACCAGCAGAUAUUAUCAACCCCCCUGCCUUCAUUCAGUUUUACAAAGAAAAUGUACCCAACCCAAGUAUAACAGUGUUGAAGCCAGACAUUGGACAUUAUCCACAAUUUGAAGCUCCAAAGGAAUAUGCCCUUGCAUACAAAACUUUUCUGACAACUAUAAGGCGCAAGUGACAACUUGUUAUUGUAGCUACAGUGUCUGUUAUGAUAUAAAUCUUUAAUUGUACAAGAAAAACAUCAAAAUAUUUUUACUGCAAAAAAUCGUAAAACAUUAAUCUUUGAAAUCCUAGCCUAAGGUGACUUUUUCAUGAAUUGCCUGUUUAUUUAUAGCUAGACAUCAUAAAUGGACACAACCUUUAGAAGUGUGAGGAUAAUUCAAGUUACUUAAAAACCACAGGCACUUGGCAAGAAUUCCUAAUUCAAAGUCCUUAUACAUGUACUACAUAAUUUAUUAAGCUUGAGUUGGGAAUUUGUGUCGAAGUCCCUGUGAUCAGAAAUCACCGGGUUAUGUCCUCUUAUGAUACUACAUAUAUGUCGACUGGCCCAUGAGUUGUGUAAAAAUAUUGAUGUCAAUAGUCCACCAUAUAUGUAUUUCACUGGUGAUGAAAAUGAUUAACAUCAAUUCUUCAUGUUUGAAAUAUAAAAUUAAGAAUGGAGGUCGAGUAUAAAAUUGUAAUAUCAUUCCACACAUAGAAAUAUCAGUGUUAAAUGAUUUGAAAUUAACACUUUCAUGAAACAACAACUUGAAGUGCUGAAAUAGUUGGUAUUUCACUAUGACCGGAAAUCAACAUCUAAUUAUAUCCUUCUAUUUUUGAUUUAGUUGUCUGUAUCAUGUUGUUUGUUGAACGUUAAACUUGAUUUAAUUAGUUAAAUUGUUUAAGAUUAAUUUAAAUACUGCUUCAAAUAAAUGUCUUCAGAAUUUA